AUGUCUAUGAACAUAACCUCCCCCUUCUCUCCUUACCCGAGCUACGUACUCGGCACAGGCCUCACUUUCAUAGGCCUUCUAGGCUUCGUCCGGCCCCUGGCAAUCUACGACGCCUUCGGCAUCGCCAGACCCCUCUCCGCAGAAGCCGAGGCUUUUAGCUAUGCUAAAUCAGCGCGUGAUCUAGCUACAGGGUUGCUGUUUCUCGGGCUCGAGACGUAUCAGGAGGGAAGCGGCAAUGAAGACGCGGUGACUGCGUUAUUGGCCGUUACUUCGCUUGUUGGAAUCAUGGAUUGGUGGAUUGUUAGGACGAUGGGUGGUAAGGGAGGACGAGGAGAUGGGGGGAAAGCGUUGACGCAUUUGGGUUGUGGGGUUGUGCUUGGGAGUUUCGCCAUUUGGAGAUCCCAAGCAACUUGA